AGAAAUUAGCAUUUUAGUUAUUUUAGUUAGUCAAUUCAGUAUUUUAAAGAAAAUAACAUGGAGUAAAACUGAGCAAAAACUUGUAAACAACACAAAGAAAAGUGGCAUUUAUAUUUAAAAUUCUCUUUUAUUUGGAAACACAAAACAAAAAAACUAAUAAACCAAAAAAAACUUUUUGCACUUUUUGGCCACUUGGGGGCACUGCAACCUGUCAGUGCAACACUUUUAGGAUAAACAGUUGCAUUAACUUUCCAUCUGAAGUCAUGUUAUUGGCCACCUGAGAAUGCUGGUCCAACCUCCAGUCUUCUUUUAGCUUUUGUUCUGGUCUCCACUAACUUUGGUUCUACCUACCACAGCUGAACCACUGCCGGCCAGAGGUUCCUAACACAUAGUUUAUAAAUACAUUUUUCUCACAUGUAUGUUAGGAGUUACUUGCCUCGGGUAUCACGUCUGACCCAUUAAUCUCUGAGACCUUUUAUUUUUCCUGAAACAUGUGGCCUGUGAGCAGUUGCUACGUCGUCACUUUGCACUCUGUGCUCUACAUCAAACCACCCGACAAUGCCCUGGCCAUCAUCCAAAUGUGUGAAUUCAAUUAUUUAAAGAAAAAGAUAUCUCGUUAACCAACUGAAGAUUGCAUUUGAAGGAUUUUUUUUUUUCCAAAAAUCCUGUUGAGCCAUGGAGUCUGAUAAACUAUAGAAAAUCCACAGAUGACUGCUGCUUUCUCCUGGCAAAAUCCGAUUUUUCUGUCUCACUAAUCCCUUGUCACAAUCUGCAUCCUGUAUAUCUCUCUCUCGCUUCCUCCCUCUCUCUCUCUCUUUCUAUGUGCAUGCGUGUGUGUGUGUGUGUGUGUGUGUGUGUGUGUCUGUGUGUGACAGACAGUCCAUCCCAUUCUGUCAGGCCAGGCCUUUGAUUGGGGACGUGCAUCCUUGCCUUGCCUGAGCGAGAACACUAAAACAGACCUGGAUCAGCGGUGAUUACAAGCAGGUGCACAGAUGACUGAAGCAGAGGGGGGCUGAGAGGGACCGCAGGAAAGUUUGUGAGAUGCAACAACGAGCAUCAUGUUCUUAAUGAAAAGGGCACCUGUGCUGCCUUCGCUCCGAGAACUAGCAGCGAGCAGCCCUGCUCCGUGGUGGCACGGCCGGGCGAACCCCGCUCUGAUCUGACUGCCUGCUGGGAUUAGAAGUGGAUGGAAAUCUCCGAGGCGUGAAAAAAUGCAGUUGUGGUGGAUUUUACUGUUUGGUUUUUGGAGUGUCUGUGGAGAACUGCCGUUCAUAGCAGAGAACAACGCAGCUAUGUUGGUCAACUGGAAUGCUGUUGAUGGAAAUAAAAAGCUGUAUGCCAUCUAUGAUACAAGCGUCAACGAACCGGGGAACAUGUCUUUCGUCAAAGAGACAGUGGAUAAACUGCUCAAAGGAUAUGAUAUCCGUCUUCGGCCAGACUUUGGAGGUCCACCGGUUGCUGUUGGCAUGAGUAUAGACGUGGCAAGUAUAGACAUGGUGUCAGAAGUCAACAUGGACUACACGCUGACUAUGUACUUCCAGCAGUAUUGGAGAGAUAAGAGGCUGGCUUAUGCAGGGAUCCCUCUCAACCUGACACUAGACAACAGAGUAGCAGACCAGCUCUGGGUCCCAGACACCUACUUUCUCAAUGACAAGAAGUCCUUUGUGCAUGGUGUCACAGUAAAGAACCGGAUGAUUCGACUUCACCCGGAUGGCACUGUUCUCUACGGCCUCAGAAUCACGACGACAGCCGCCUGCAUGAUGGAUCUGAGGCGAUACCCGCUGGACGAGCAGAAUUGCACUCUGGAAAUUGAGAGUUAUGGUUACACAACAGAUGAUAUAGAGUUUUACUGGAAAGGAGGAGAAACUGCUGUGACCGGGGUAAAACGCAUUGAGCUCCCUCAGUUCUCCAUAGUGGACUACAAACUGGUUUCCAGGAAUGUAGUCUUCUCCACAGGUGCCUACCCUCGACUGUCUCUGAGCUUCAAGCUGAAGCGAAACAUCGGAUACUUCAUCCUGCAGACGUACAUGCCCUCCAUCCUCAUCACCAUCUUGUCCUGGGUGUCGUUCUGGAUAAAUUAUGACGCCUCAGCUGCCAGAGUUGCAUUAGGGAUCACCACUGUGCUGACCAUGACAACCAUCAACACCCAUUUGAGGGAGACGUUGCCCAAAAUCCCCUACGUCAAAGCCAUAGACAUGUACCUGAUGGGCUGCUUCGUGUUCGUCUUCCUGGCUCUGCUGGAAUAUGCCUUUGUCAACUACAUCUUCUUUGGCCGAGGUCCUCAGAUGCAGAAAAAGCUCGCCGAAAGGGCGCAGAAGGCAAAUAAUGACCGCAGUAAAUUUGACAGGCCCAAGUCCAUUCUGGAAGGAGGCAAUUGCAAGUCUUCGUCUCUUAAACUGUCCAAUCAGGUACAAGGGCGUCGUCACUCACGACGGGUCGACUCCCAGGGGAACAUUUUGCUGACAACCUUGGAGAUCCACAACGAGGUGGGAGGAAACGAGAUAACAACCAGUCUGAGCGAGACCCACAACUCGUCCUCCAUGGUCUUCGACAACUCGGCUAUCCAGUACAGGAAGCCAAGCGGGUCACGCGAGUCGGGGCGCCACAGCCUGGACAGGAACGCACAUCUUAAGAAAACCCGUCUACAAAGACGGUCCUCGCAGCUCAAAAUCAAAAUCCCAGACCUCACUGAUGUGAACGCCAUCGACAGAUGGUCACGGAUUAUAUUCCCCUCUGCCUUCUCCCUCUUCAACCUCAUCUACUGGCUUUAUUAUGUUCAUUAAUGCACUGUGUUUUUUUUUUUUUAAGCCCAUGUGAUUCUAGUUUAUGACUGAGAGAAGCCUUGUGUGGCCGACCCGACACGGUAACGUCCUGAACACUUUUUUAACAUGAUGUGUGCAGAAAGAAUCAUGCACAGCCACAAGGAUUUACCUGCAGAACAUGCAUCUUACAAAGACUUGCAUGUGAAGUCAGCCCUGUGAUCACCUGCGACUCUGUAUCACACGGACUGAAACACACUUUUGCAGCACUGCAUCUCCAAAAGAUGAUUUAAGUUGGUUUCGGUGAGCUGCUGAAACCUUCCCCUGUAAUUUCAGUAUAACAUGUGGCCACACUAUUAAAUUUAAUCGAUAAAGGUUUGUAGUAUUAUGACAGCACUAGCCUUCUUUAUAUCUGCACAUGGACAAAGGAGGACCUGUAAGAUCCCAUACACCCAGACUAAACUGACUUUGCCCAGGCGGGAAAUUAUUUGGUAUGAAAUCAGCCAUAAAGGAAUAGUUGUGAUAUUUUGGGAAAUGUGAUUAUUUGCUUUCUUGCUGAGACUAAAGAAUGAUCCUACCUGGGUCUGAGGGAUUAACCAAAUUUUUAUUUUAAAGUCCUAUUGGGCUUCCAGCUGUUAUUACAAAAGCCUAGUUGAGAUAAAAUGACAUUAAAACAAUAAGGCUGCAUCCAGUUUUGCUUCAUUUCACGAUGCCCUUUGUUUGUCGUAUUAUAUACAUCCAGCAUACCCCUUUUCCUUACAACUGUGCACUUUUGUUUCUCCCAAAAUGCCAAAGCUUGUUCAGCGUUUAGUUCCGGUUGCUUCAAGACGAUAGAAACAGAGUCUGUGGUCAACAAGCUGAAUCUAGAAGCUGUACCAAGGUUACAGGAGCUGGACUGUGUGUUGUUGUCUCUGUGCCGGUGUUCAAGCGUUCCCUAGACUUGAGAUCAUUUGGUUUCAGAUCAAAUUGUAUUUAAAUUUAAUGGAAAUACUACUUUCUUAAAAAGUUCAGUAAGUUUUUACUGAUCCUACUGACCAAAAUCUUUGUUAGCAUUUCUGCCAUAAUCAAGUAGUUUAAUGCUAUGCUCAUUUCUAUCCUGUAAGUUCUUGUUGAUGAUGGAAAGUAACUAUAACACGUUACUCUAUGAUAUCAAAACAGAGUCAUGUCUUUGCAGUCGGGAACAAUAAUGACCUUCCUGACACAACAUGUAGUAUUUCUGUAAAAGUAGAGUUAGGAUUAUCACAUGUCAUUGAUGAUGACGACUCAGAAAGUUGAGUAUAAAUACCAAUAUCCAAUCAACUUAGCUUAAUUUUCAGAACCCAAUUUUAAAUAACAGGAAUAGAACCAGUACUGCAUUUUAGAAAAAACUUUAUUUUCUCAUUUAGUGCCAUGAAUGAAAGAUUUCCAAAAGGUUGGAAGAACUAGCCCUAAUAGCAUUUCUGAUGCUAACACAUCGUGUCACUUCAACCACUGCAAUAAAAUUGUCAUUUUUACAUUUUUGUGUGAACAAAUUAGGUCAUGAGUGAUGUUUUGUGUUACUCUGUGGGCUUUUGAGGCUAGUACAUGGAUUAUUUUCAUAUUUGGUCAAAGCAAUGCUAGCGAUUUAACGCUAAGCUAGGCUAAUCCUCGCUGACAAAAUGCAAAAAUAAAAGGACUUCCCAAAAUAUCAAACUAUUUUAUCAACGUGUGCAUUUACACAUUUUCAAAAUGCCAUAUUUCCGACAAAAACUGGAGAGACUGUGUGACAUUAGUACAAAGGUUUCCAGGCUUUUGUAGUGAAUUUUUUAUCGAGGAAUGUAUUGGAUCAGUUUACAUCGUCCCACUAUUUUUGUCACGUUGCUUUCUGUUGAUUUUGUGAAACACGUACAUAAUACAGCACAAUCCAUAACUUCCUUGUUUGUUUCAGACUGCAUGUUGUACUGAGCACUGAGUCGUGGCUGCAGAUCCCGACCCUCUGGGGAUUUGAUGUACAUAUUGUAACUGUGCACAUUUUCUCUCAGCUCACAGUAAUUACAUGGCUAUGUUGUCAACGGUGUUUUGCUCAGUGAUUUCUGGCCUCGCUGUUCUGUUUUUGUUAGUCUUUACACAAACUUAUCACUUCCUUUUUGUGACAGUAAAUAUAAAAAACACAAUAUCAGCUCGUUAUCAUUUCCAUUCUUUCCUAAAGGUAGAGCAUGUGAAGUCCUUUUAAGUGAAGGAGGAACUGAUGGGAGGUGUGUAGCGUCUCCUAAACAACCGUUCCUGCCAGACACAGCUCACAACAUGCCAUCUGACUGCUUGCUUGAGCAACUCGCAGCGCGUAGGAGUGACACCACCUGUCAGUAAUCCUCGCAGCUCGGUGACAUCCAUGCGCGCCGGUCUCACGGAGCCCAAAAUCAAGAACGAAUCGCAUAUAACGAACGCUUUCUCAAUGGGCCUCGCAUUUCUUUUAAACGCUUUUGCUUGAUGAUCUGUUCCUGCAGACAGCUUUUUCCAUGAAGUGCUCCACCUUCAAAGUCUUAAUGGGUCAGGAAGAUCAGGACAGGAAAUGGUACAUAUUUUUGGCAUUUGCUAAAUAAAUCAAAACCUUUUAAUUCAUCAUUUUUGGUCCGAGCACUAUAAAUAUCCCUGCUACGCAAACACUUCGGCUUUGCUGCCAGGAUUAACCCUUCCUGUACAAUUACAUUACAGACGUUAUAAUAUAGAUUUUAUAUCUUUUUAUCUCUCUCAAGGAUAUCCAUUCCUAUUUAACUAUCCAUCUACUAUAAUUGGAAAGAUCAAUACAUAUCUGGAGAGAUAUAAGUAGAUUUUUGUGUUUGUCUUUUUCCAUCUUUGAAAGAUGGAUAAAAGCAUCCGUGUGGAUAUCUGUCUGUCUGUCCCAUGAACGGAAGGUAUCAAAGUAGAUGUUUAGCCAUCCUUCUAUAUUGUACCCUAUAUGGCACCCUGUUGCAAUUUUACCUUUGUGUCCAAUAUGUGAGCUCAAGUAAGAGUAAAUACACAUCAACAAUCAAUAUUGACAAGAGCAUGUGCCAAAAAAUGAAAACUUAGUUGUAUUCAUGCAUAUUUAUACAAAUAUCAUGGUACACUGUGGUGGACUUUGCCUGCCGUAUAGUUUUUCCUCAAGCUUAGCUAACAACUGAAUUACAAUAGCUUUCUCACCUUAAAUAAAUUAGUGACGUUUUCUUGGAAAUUAGGAAUAUAUGUUUUCAUUAACUUGUAUUAAGUUAGUAUUUUUCUGUUUUUUAAUAAGUUACUGUUACAUGUGUGAUGAAAGUAACAGUAUUCUCAUUGUUUUUGGGUCACAUUUAGACAUUUAAGUUUAAAUAUUAUAUUGAAUACUGUACUCAUAAAUAUACACCGAUUAGUGUUUAAUUACAUCUUUCAACAAAUUGAUGCCUUCUCACAAACUGAGAAUGAAUCCAUUAAACAUAAAUACGAGCGGAAGCUGGUUUGUGGAAGUUGUCACAUGGCCCUGCCAUCUUGAAUACAGUAGCCGAGGUGGACAUCACAGUUCCACUUGAUCACGUUUUAUGUAUCGCUGGAGAUCGAACACAUACGUAAAAGUGGAGAAGAGAACGCGUAGGCAUUCUUGUGCUUUAGAACCCAAUUUUAAUUCAUAUCAGCACCUCCAGAGUCCAGAUAUGAAGGAUCACACCUGUGUUUCAUCAUCUGAGAAGAAGCAGAAGAAGCAGAAGACCAACACAACGCCAAACAAAACAAAAAACAGAUUAUGCUGUAUGCAUGCAUUAGCGUGUAAUUUGGUAAGAAACAAAACCUCUUUUAGUGUAUUCUGGUAGGAAAGUCAGAAAGACAAACUCGGUCAUGGCAUUAACCGUCCCCUUUUCUAAGGCUGAAGAUUAGCAAACAAGCAAGCACUUUAUUCAUAUAGCACUUUCAGACAACUCCCAGCUGGAAACAAAGUGCUGUACACUUGACAUGACAAACGAAAAAUGAUAAGCACAUUAAAUUACAUUUUAAAAGGCGGGGAGGGGGCUGUCUAAUGUGCAGGGGCAGGUUAUUCCGAGUUCCCUCUUGGACCCGGGUACCUCCAGGAGUAGCUUGUCAGCUGACCUGGGGGCAUGAGUAAGGAUGUAUUUAAAAAACAAACAUAAGAAUUUUAAAAUGACCUCUAAGAUAUACAGGCAGCCAAUGUGGUGAAGCCAGGAUGGGAGUUAUGAGCUCUCUUUUGAGAGUUCCUGUUAAAAGUUGUGCAGCAGCAUUUUGAACCAUUAGCACCAGUAUAACAAGUAAAGAGCAGUGUGCUUGGAGUUUAACCACUUUUGGCAAGCUUAUUUUCUAUUUCCAAGUAUAAGGUAAGUAAAAAAAAAAAGAAAAACUUGCAAUAUGUGUGUGUUUACAUUUCUUGCUCAGUGCAGCCAACAUGAUUUAAUGUUUGUUAAAAUCAGCUUAUUAGUUGACUUGGGUAAAAGCUGCCGGUUAUUAGACUGUUACUGGUUAAACGUUUUCUGGAUGAAUUUGUGGAGGCUCGUAGUAACCAUAAAGCCUAGCUGUCCUCACCACUGUCCCCUUACAUUUGUGCCAUCUGAGAGUGAAAGGUGGACAGAUUUGAAACCUGUUUUCUGUUUUGCUAAAGUUGACGUAGUGACUACAGUUUGGUCCUCCAGGUGUUACAGCAGAUAAAAUCCAUGCAAAUAAUGAGAGAAUUGAUUAUUUCUGCUCCAAAGUUAACUCUCAGUGGCCUGAGAGGUCAGACGCACUGCAAGAAAAGUCCAGAGGUGAGUAAAGCAAACAUGUAACUACAGAAUGAUAUGAAUCAUGUGAUUUUUUUUUUUUUUUUUUUUUAAUCCCUCUAUGCAACAAUGAAUCCUCCAUUUCUUUUCAUCACGACUCAGUGCAAUCUGCAGCUGUUCAGUCACAUUAUUGUCUCCCUGUUCAGCUCUGUGUCGACACCUGGACACAGAUGUAGGGUUAAAAGGGUUAAAAAGGAUGUUUUAUUUAAAGUAUUUCUUUGAGUCAAUUUUUGGGAUUGUAGACAGGCGAUCAUCACAGGUUUCUUUUUCCCUUCCAAAACUCUCCUAAAUGAGUUUUCUCUUGAUGGCAGCAGGCGUCUGAACAAAGGAGCCUAUGGUGAGUAAACCAGACUGUGACUACUGCAGGAUCCACACAUAUUUACCACAUGCGGCGUAACAUUCUGGCAUUGAUUGGAUGGAAACACCAGCUUCUUAUAGUGGAGGCCCAAUCAGCUCAACAGUGUGCAGGUGCGUAAUUAGGAAUGUCUUCCAGGUGUGUGAUUAGCAGGGCGGAGAUCGCUAGAAAAAAACUGCAACAAAAGUGUGCACACACACUCUCACUCACUCAGACAGGGAAGAGAAAAAGGGGAAGGUGAGUCUGUCCAGGAGGACAGGGAGACCAUGAUCCUCCACUAAAUCACUUCCAUUGUGUUUUGUGAGCUUUUGUUUUUUUAACUGCUUAUGUUGUUUGUUUUUGUUUCUUUUUUCCACUUCUUUUGUGCUUUGUGAGCUAGCAGCAUUUUUCUGUUAGCUGGUGUUUUCUUAGGUUGAAGUUCUUUCUGGGCCACCGUACAAUGAAGCUCGUUGUAGCCACAUUUGCUGGCUAAUUAACCGUCAUAUUUGCGCUUAUAUAUUACUUAUUUAUUAUUGUAUAUAAAUUUGGAUGUAGAUGAAUUGACCCAAGUACAACAUCUGCGUUUUAAGAACUGAAAUAUUACAAACUACUGUAAAACUGAAAUUUGUAUUUUUAAAGUGUUUGAAAUUGAGAGCAUUUUACCAGGUAAUGGAUUGUGCUUCAUCAACCUGUCAAUAUCUGUUAGCCAUACUGUUUUAAUGGAUGGUCUCAAGUACCUACAUCAUGUUUAGGCUAUUAAUAAUUUAUGCUUGGACUUAAAAUGUGAUUGUAACUGUAUUUAAGUCUGCACAGUCUCUUGAAAUGUUUUUAAACCAUCACGUGACCUGGUAAACUUGGUUUCUUCCAUUUGACCAUCAUCUAAAAAUGAUGUUAGCAAAAAAUGGCAAGUUGUGUCGAGCGCUUUGAGUGCCCAGAGUAGAAAAGCGCUGCAUAAGAACCAACCCAUUUACCAUUAGUUAUUUAAACUAAUAUUAGUUUAAAUAACUAAUAACCAAAUAUUAAAGACUGUUCACAAUUACUAACUCAAUAUUUAAAAUAUUAAGUACUUACAGUUUUUAUUUUGUCAUGUAAACUUGCAUGCAUGUCUCUGGACUGUGGGAGGAAGUUGGAGUACCUGAAGAGAUCCCCAUGAGGGGAAAAAAUACAAACACCACACGGAAAAGCCCCAGCCGGCAGGUGGACUUCUUGCUGUGACAGUACCACACCACCCACACACACAAAAAAUAGUCCAAAAAAACAAGUAUGAUGACAAUGUUUACUUUUUUCUUAUAUGUCAGUGUAAACGUGUCCAAACUGACCAAAAAACUGAUCAGAAUCACACAUUGGUGCAGCUGUUUUGCACUUAAACACAUGCACCCAUGAGUCUGCCUGUGAAUUGCUCCAAUCCUUCAUUUGCCAUCAGAUAAAGGGCACAUAUUUUCAUGUAUAACAACAUAUUCACAAACAAUAUGCAGCAUGUGGUUUGUUUAUUUCCUGCUGCAGUGCAAUAAAUGAUCUUCAGCAGCCGUGGAUUUCAUAAGCCAAGCUAGAAAAGGCCAUUUUCCUGCGGGACCUCAUCAGCAGAAACAAGACAAACAGCCAUAGCAAUGACCAUAACACAAAUAAGAUCCCUGGUUUGCUGUGUGCAUUAUCAGUGCCAGCGCCGUAUAAUCAUCAUAACCUGCAAAACAAAAGUAACCAUGCCCGCGAUCAUUCAUUAGUCAUCGGCGUUCAUCAUUUACACUCCGAGUCCUUUCUCUGCUCCGUUAUGUUUGCACUAAUGUUCGUCAUUCUAAUCUCGUUUCUGUCGCCGGGCCUGUUUGUUCCUCAUUCCCCCGCUCGUGUCGGUGUUGUGAUUGGUGUUGUGUGGGAUGAAUGGAUUGGAGAAUUCAGCUGCGGGAUAUUCCAGACAUGCAAUAAUUCAAUCUGCAAAUUACAGCUGAUUGAUAGUGGUGCACUUCAGAUAAAUGAACAGCAGGUGUGCGUUUGGCUGUGAGCUGCACAUUAUGAGGAGUUUUGAUGGCUGAAAUUUGCCUCUUACAUCGCCAUGAAAUCAGAAAUAUGCCAUCUCAGGUCCCCUGCUCUCUGAUUAAAUGGACACGUUCAGGUAAAACAAUAGAGAUCGAUCAGACCGCUGGAGCUGUUUUUGGCUGUAAUAACUAAUAAACAUAGAAAAAAUGAGGUACACCGUCUCUCAUUGGACUAUGUGAUGCAGUAGUACUGUAACGUUUCCCCAACUUACAUGCCAAUGAGUGAAAAUAUUCUUAAAUUGGUGUGGAAUAGCUUGACACAGCGAUGACAUCAGUCCCAUCCAACACACUUGGGACAUAAGUUAGCUUAAGAUCACCUCAUUAUGUGUUUAUUUUGGAGUACUCUGUAGAGUUGCAAAGCAAAAGUCUUUUAUACAACAAGGUAAAUGGUAAAUGGACCAGUUCUUAUAUAGCGCUUUUCUACUAGUACUCAGAGCACUGUAUACAGCAUGCCUAAUUCACUCAUUCACUCAACAGCUUUCUAUCUAACAUUCAGAUGAACACAUCAGAUAGCAAUGUGAAUUUUAGUAUCUUGUCCAAGGAUACUUUGGCAUUCGGAACCAGCAACCUUCCAAUUAGUAGAUGACCUGCUGUACCUAAUGAACUACACCCCACCCCCCAGAAACUGUCCCCAGCAAUUUGCUGGUACCCCAUCCAUUUGGAGUAACUAGAUUCUAA